AUUGAUGACUGUUGUAAUUUUGAAUUCCAAAUACAAUACAUUCGUUCGGGCUCAUCUGAUACUUCUUGAUUAAAUUGCGUUAUUCCUGGGAUUACUAGUUCAUACUACAAUUCAAAUACUACUAAUUAUCAUAUUGGCGUCGCGACUGAGCCUGUGAUGGAACGGUUAAAUAUAAAUUCAGAUUUUAAUGUUUUUGAGGAGUACAUGGAAAGGUUCGAAAUCUGGGCUAUGACCAAAGAAGAUGAUGAUGAUUUUAAUAUUGUGGCCCAUUUCCUUACAUUCAUCGGGAAAGAAGCAUACAGCCUUAUAAAGAUUUUGGCACUUCCAGACAAACCGAUUUCACUCCCCUAUGCAACUCUCAAGCAACUUCUGUUGGAUCAUGUAAAGUAUACAAAUUCCGAAUGCGGUAAGAAAGGAAAAUCCGAUAAAAUGACUCGUCAGAACAUCAGGAAUUCCACUUGUUCAAACAGUCGUCGUAGUUCGAUGCGUAAUCAAAUUUAUUCAGAUAAUACUUCAUUGAGUUGUGAAACAGUCCAUGAUGAUGAGCACAAGUUUAGUAAAUGCAUGUUCUGCGGCAAGUUUCACCCAUGUAAUUCAUGUAUAUUUCGUAAUUCUAAAUGCUUUAAAUGUGGUAUAACUGGACAUAUUCAGUCAGUUUGUAAUACCAUGGUUCAUUUCUCUGAAAGUAAUGCUAAGAUGGAUGCUUCUAAUGAUCAGUUAUCUUUAUCUAGAAGAGGUAUAACGUUAUAUAACAGUCCAGAGUUGAAUGAAACCCAGAGUCAUUGGGAGGCGAAAAUUCUCAACCAACAAACUUAUCAGAUUUCUCAUGUUAUUGUGCCAGAUAUGGUUUGUCGUAAUAAUUCACAUACUUCUGAUGUAAUUUCUUACAACUCUGAGAAUAGAAUGUUAAAUGAGUCAAAUCAUGAUCAAAAACCAAAUUCAGUCAUGGUAGAUGUUGAAUUCCCUGAUGAUCCAUUACCUAAUGAAACUCUUAAUCAAUUUCAGGAAAAUAUUUCAGAAGAAUCGAAUUCUGAUAUCAUAUCAAGCGUCAGUGGUCCUCACAAUGAAUUUAUCUCUAAUGAUAUUCCUCAUGAAUGUGACAAAUAUGUUUCUUAUGAGUUGAAUUCUAGUCAUAUUUCUGAUGUUAUUGUGUCAUAUGUUGGAUACUCUCACGAACAAUGCAUGUUGAAUAGAAUCCCUAGUCAGGGGUAUAAUGAUACAGAGGGGAUAGCAAAAUUUUCCCAAGCAACCGGAGAACCAGUUUGCCCAGAAGUGAAGUUUGCACAGACAGAGAAUCCAAAUCAAGUCCAAGAUUAUCCUAAUGAAUAUGAGGCAGAUGAAUGUUUUCUAUCCGAUUGUUUCGCAGGUAAAUCAAGCCUAAUUGAAUCACGUGUGUUAAUUACAUAUAUCAAUGUAUAUCCAUCUGUGUAUUCUAAUAUGAAUAACAAAAAGAAUAUGUAUCAUGAUUUUUAUUCAAGUCAAAGUCACAUGAUGGAAUACCUCAAAUUAUAUAUCAGUGUUUAUUCCCAAAUACUCACAUACAGUAGUCGGUGCGUAAGAUUUGAGAUAAUGCAAAUUGGGAACGUCAUAUUGGCUAAAACAUUGCGAAUCAAGGACCCAACAUUAUUUCGAGGGGGAGGAUAUUGUUGGAAAGUCCAUGAUGCAAAUUCUAAAUAUCAAUGGUUUCACUACACAACCGACAUGCUGAUUGUAUACAAUUCUAGAACCCAGGUGAGUCUGUUCCAAUUUCCGUUGUUAAUUCUAAUACUAAUGAGUGCAUUCUAGAUAAUACAGAGUGUACAUUCAAUACACCAUCGGACAGAUGUAGGAUGAACUUAAGAAGAAGACAAACAAUCGAUUACAGAUACUUACACUUCAAUUCGAGCUGUGGCGGAUGUGAUGUUUAAAUAAAUCAAUGACUUCUUAGUAUUGAUGACUGUUGUAAUUUUGAAUUCCAAAUACAAUACAUUCGUUCGGGCUC